UUUUAAAAUAGUUUGAUCUUGUGGAAUUUACAACAGUACAAUUACUGUAUAAAAUGUGGGGGGCAGGAUCCGAAAUAUGCUCUCCGAGGGUGAGGCUGACUGGUUUGUGGGGAACUUGUGAAUUUAGAAGAUAAAUUACUCGAGGACAACAAUGCAAAGCUGAUGUAUAUCUGUAUGGGGAGUGAAACUUUAGAACUGACUGAAUAUUGACCUACAACAAUGUCCAAACAUACACCGGUUGAAAAAAUAAUAUAAAAUCAACAUUUUUGUGAGGUAUAGGAAAAGUGCAAAAUCUUGAUGAGUUGUAACAACACUGCCUGUGUCAUAUUAUUAUGAUAAUCAGUAUUGUAUUACAGUAUUUUGUUAUUGUGUAUAAUUGUGUCGGUACAAGUAUAUAUGUAUAUGGUACAUAUCUUCUUAUUAAUAAUGAUUAUAAUAACCUUUAUUUAGAUUUGAAGUGAGAUUACAGGAUUUUUCCUGGCUCAAAUUAACGCAGAGGUGGUACGUUCCUGACCAUGCGCCAUGACGUGCAUGUAUUUUGUAAAUCCAAUGGGGACUCACUUUCUUUUACAGGAAGUGCAAUGAGAAAGGAAGAGCUUUACCUUAUACAGCUGCCUAAGACGAAAGUAGCUGGAUUUAACAACAGCAUUGAUUUGCCAGUUCAAUUUAAAAUCACUGUUCAAUUUAAAACCCAAGUUCGAGACAGUUGGCUAAGAUACUACAAAGCCCGGUGAUCCAAUGGCACAUCGACCUCACAGUGCAGCAAUUCCAUCUCCGGCCCUGUGUGGAGUUUGCAUGUUCUCCCCGGGCCUGCGUGGGUUUUCUCCGGGUACGCCGGUUUCCUCACACAUUCCAAAAACAUGCAUGCCAGGCUGAUUGAACACUCCAAAUUGUCCCUAGGUGUGAGCGCGGAUGGUUAUUCGUCUCUGUGUGCCCUGCGAUUGGCUGCCAACCGGUUCAGGGGGUCUCCCCGCCUACUGCCCGAAGACAGCUGGGAUAGGCUCCAGCACCCCCACGACCCUUGUGAGGAUAAGCGGAUUGCAAACUGGAUGGAUGGAUGAAUGGAUGGACUACGGAGCCCAGGUCAACAGGGUGAAAUGUACCAGGACCACUGAGACCAAACACUGUUGAAAUUUCUGUAAUUCAGUGACAUCUAUGCUUUGAUUUCCACCAGACAGGUCAAACAUGGUCUUAAGGAGAACGCAUCCUCUUUGAUCAGAAGGACAUAGAUCUGACUGUCAUCUGAAUAGUAGUGGAAGGAAAUGCCAUGUUUUAUUAGGGUGGAACCUAAGGGGAGCAAAUACAGUGAAAACAGCAGGAGCCCCAAAAUAGAACCCUGUGGAAUACCAUACGACAGGGACAGAGUGUGAAUCAGACCAACCUAGCCUAACACAGAAAGGCCCGUCAGCCAAAUAGGAUCUAAACUACUCUAGAGCGCUACCACUAAUGCCCACCUGGCGUUGCAAACGAGCCCGCAGAAUGCUGGGGUCCACUGUAUCAAACGCUGCAGUUCGAUCCCAAAAAAUAAGACGCACAUCUGCAGUGCCAUGUAUCAUCUCUAAACCUGACUGGAAAACCUCCCAAAUAUGUUUAUUCAAGAAAGAUAUCAACUGUGGUUGAUUCGCUAAAUUUGGUAAUAACAAUGGAAAAAUACACACUAAUGUUUUUUUGUUUGUUUGUUUGUUUGUUAGUUUUUUCAGAUUUGAUGGGCAAAUUCCGAACACCCGAUGCUCGAGGUGUUUUGGCUGGCGCAAGACAUUAUGCAUUUACCACACAUCAUUCUUAAAGCAGAUAUUAAAAAUGUAGUCUUACAUGAGGCCUUGUGUGGGGAAUAUUUUGCUUCACCAAAUCUUUUACUUCAUCAUUGUUAACAUUACCAUUUUGACUUUCCCACAGACUCUUGGUUAAGGCUACAAAUAAAUUAGCAAUGUUUUCAGAAACACAUUUCUCAUAUUGACAUUUUGGGGUGUUGUGUGUUGAAGUUUGAGGAAAAAAAUAGAUGUACUCCAUUUUAGAAUGGGGCUGCAACAUAACAAAAUGCAGAUAUCGUGAAGCACUGUGAAUACUUUGCGGAUCUCUGUAAUAUGACUAAAUACCUAAUUUGAUUCAACAUGUAUUUGUUCUCACAAUAACAUUUCCAUUGCAUCUAAAAUCAACAAUGCUGUUCAUACUUGUUUUCAACAGGUGCAUCGUUGCCGCCUGUAGCUCACGAUGGCCCAGAACCAAGUGAUCCUGCAGUUCCACUUUGCCACAUUCGGCGACUCCAUGCUGCAGAAGAUGAACCUCCUUCGGCACCAGCGACGCUUCUGUGACGUCACAGUCCGCAUCAACCAGCUCAAAGUCUCCGGUCACAAGGUGGUGUUUGCCGCUGGUUCGUCUUUCCUAAGAGACCAGUUCAUCCUUCAGCAGGACUCCAAUGAAGUAGAGAUCUCCAUGAUCCAGGAGGCAAAGGUUGGCCAGCAGCUACUGCUGUCCUGUUACACGGGCCAACUUGAGUUUCCUGAACUAGAGCUGGUUAAUUACCUGACAGUGGCCAGCUUCCUCCAAAUGGGCCACAUUGUUGAGCAGUGCACUCAAGCACUAAACAAGUUCAUCAAGCCACAGCCUCCUCACAGGCUGGAAGAUAGUGAGAUGAGAAGAGCCAGCAGGGAGGAAGAUUUGAGAGAGCAUGAGAACUGCCAGGUGCAGACUAUACAAAAGGUGGAGCCCGUAGAGGAUGAUAUGAGUACUGAGGAUGACGACGACGAUGAUGACGAUGUCAUUAUACAGCCCAAAACACCUCCUCAGGUCUCCGAUGCACAUCCCAGGCACGAUGUGGGAGAGAGUAACAUAAGCAUAGUAAAGGUGGAGUCUAUGGAGGCGACCUUUCCCAGCAGCUCUCUGGCGGCCCUGCGCUCACCUGAGCCCCAACAUUCCCUUAUCAAUUCCACCGUGGACAGUCGUGGGAGCGAAAUGACGGCGCCCCCGAGCAUGCCAGACGACCCCUCCAGCCCCUCUUCUCCGUCCAACCCUGCAGAAAAACCAAUCGGUCACCAGAGGAACUACGACAAACCACUGCAGUGGUACCACCAGUGUCCCAAGUGCAGCCGCGUCUUCCGACAGCUGGAAAAAUACGCCAACCACCUCAAGAUGCACAAACUCUUCAUGUGCCUCCUGUGUGGCAAGACCUUCACGCAGAAGGGCAACCUGCAUCGACACAUGCGUGUCCACGCUGGCAUCAAACCCUUCCAGUGUAAGAUCUGUUGGAAGACCUUCACUCAGAAAUGCUCUUUACUGGAUCACCUCAACCUGCACAGCGGCGACAAGCCUCACCGCUGUAACUACUGCGACAUGAUGUUCGCUCACAAGCCUGUUCUCCGGAAGCACCUCAAACAGAUCCACGGCAAGAACAGCUUCGACAAUGCAAAUGAAGGCAACCUGCAUGAUGGUGGGCCUGAGGAGAAUGACACCCCUGGGCCAUUUUUCAUUCACUCAAACAAUUAUGAGACAGACUUAAAGGAGACAUACUAUGGAAAAUUGACUUUUUAAUGUAGUGUCUGCCUAAAUCAAGUUCAAGUCAACUUUAAUGUCAAAAGUGCUCUAUGUGCAACAUACAGCACAGAUGAAACUUCUUUCCUCUCAACCACAAGAGAGAGAGGAGCCGCUGCCGGUUCCCGCGCCGCCAUCAACAGAACAGUUAACAUAAAAUGACAAAAUAAUCCAACACAGCCUCGUCAUCAAGUGUGAAAUUAAACACCAAAGGAAACAUUUCUUAAUAUGUGUCUGUCAGGCAGCUGUUCUUCACUUCUGCCCCACUGUCACGAAAAAGAGGGGCCAAUCAAUGUAUUCACCAACCCUGCACUAAGCUUCUUGGUAAGUUAAAUGAACUGCGAUAAAAAUUACAGUCAACUUUGACAUGUGAAAAUUGUUUUUCCUGCAUUUUCAACAACAACAAAAAAUAAGAGUUUACAGAAUUAAUUGUGCCUUGAAUUGUCCCCCAACUUAAACACAUACCACAGGUAAAAAAAAAAACCCAAAACUCCUUGCUUGCUUUGUUGUUCAUUGUUGCCAUAAAUGUCAGUAAUCUGUAUUUUAAGGUUGAUCCAAUUUAAAUUACUGCAGGAUGCAGACCGCCGCACUGCAUUAGAUAGAUCCGCCCCUAAAAUGAGCAAAUUUCUCCAUGGCAUGAAAAAUGCUGUAAAAAUCUGUUCAUAAUCUUUGAUUCAUAGGUUACUUUGAUUUUAAGACCCCUGGGAAGCUUGGAAUUGUGAAAAAUGCACAAAAAACAUUUGAGACAUUGUCAUGUUGAGAUGGGACAAAAGAAAAGAAGUUAAAAAUAGUAUCUCAAGGCUACACAGCAUAAAACGUUGCAAAUUAAAAAGAAGACAAACAAAACAAGAUCAAAGGACAUAAUUAAGGUACGGCUGUAACAUGCAGCAAGGAAGAAUAUUCACUUUUGGGAAGUGUGGGUAACGUUUUGUACUGUUUAAGCUUCUCUGCCACAAGUCAAUUCUGCAUUUGUACAUCUACCGCCAUUUUCUGUAUGCUAAGGGACUCAAAACAUUUGUUCACCUGACUUACAGGAUAUGUAAUACAGUAACACCACUUACCAAAAACAAUACAACUCACGCAUAACUGUUGGUCACUUUUCAGAAUUUGUAUGACAGUGUAUUGCACUAAAAGUAGAAGUAAAUGGCCAAUGCACAUCUGAACUCUUCUUAUUGUCAAGCAAGCCUUUACUGUGCUCCUUAUACAUAAAUGGUCAUGCUCUUACUAUUUUCCUUUUUUGGUGGGUGGGUGGGUGGGGGGUAAUGCACCCAAACAAACCUAAUAUUGCAAAUGUCUCAUUUGAAAAGCAAGCCCAGUUGUGGCGUAAAUUCGAGUUUUGACGAUGUACAGCUCCAGUGCAACCCUCUGAAUAGACUUUACCUAUUUUCAACAAUGGUGGCAAUAGUAAGCUGCAUGGUUUUUCAAGAACAGAUUCUGUUUCGGGAAACUUGCUCUGGAUAACGUAAAAUUUACUCUGCACUGGAGCAUUGUGGCAGCCAUUAGGCUUCUCAAACUGGCGCUGAAAUGCUGUUAGGGACCGAAAACUGGCAAUUUUGCAAUGCUGCUACAAUGCCAAUUGGCGUAAGGGUAUGAUGACUUUGGGUCACCGCUUAUUUUGUCCAAGUGGUGCUGCCCACUUUAGCUGCAUAUUUAGUAUGGCUGUAGUGCACAUUGGGUCACUGUGUUGCUUUAAUUACUCUGUCCCUUUGCACUUCUUGUUUGGGAUUUAAAGUUUUUAAAAUGCCAUUUUCCAUCAAAGAUGUUGUUGACUGCUGUCUGAGUACAGCUUGUUGUCUUCAACUGUGAUAGAUAGCUAUUAUGCCAAAAAUUUGGAUGACUUCUUUUUAUUUAAAAAAGUCAGACAAGUGAAGUGUUUUUCUUGGUCGUGACAAAGUGACUGAAAAAAGGGAUGCUGCUGACAUUACAUUGCUAGGAAAAAAAAAGAUUGAUUAAACUUGUGGAUGUCCCAGCGAUUGGUGAACUAGGCUUCUUCAUAUAGAGUAAACUGUGGUUGAUAUUUCACUUUAUCAUAUUGUAGAUGCAUUCAUUUGCACUUGAACUUGCAGUACUGAAACAAAACCUUAAACAUAUCAGUGAUAUAUAUACAUAUACACACACGCAUAUGUAUGUAGCAUUUUAUGUGUACAAGUAUGUUAAACAAUAAAUACCAGACAGCGUUUUUUUAAAUGUGAAGAAAAAUAACAUGCCAAACAAUUGUUUCUGUUUUCUUGUAGAGUUUUGCCCCCCCCCCCC